AUGAAAAGAAUUAGGGUCGGACGGCUCGAUAAUACUUUGACCAUACCAAGCGAAUUAGGGUUUGAGUACGUGACUCCCUCGACCUCUCUAUAAAACUCGCGGCUUUCCCCCAAUCGGAAAAACAGAUUCUCCAAGCGCCGUCAGAAUUCCAAAGAGGCAAAAUGGGUCGAAGGCCUGCCCGUUGUUACCGUCAGAUCAAGAACAAACCCUACCCCAAAUCAAGGUAUUGCCGCGGUGUCCCUGACCCCAAAAUCCGCAUCUACGAUGUUGGCAUGAAAAAGAAAGGCGUCGACGAGUUCCCAUUCUGCGUCCACCUUGUCAGCUGGGAGAAGGAGAAUGUCUCAAGCGAAGCCCUGGAAGCUGCUCGCAUCGCCUGCAACAAGUACAUGACGAAAGCGGCUGGCAAGGAUGCCUUCCACCUUCGCGUCCGGGUUCACCCUUUCCACGUCCUCCGUAUCAACAAAAUGCUUUCGUGCGCCGGAGCUGAUCGACUCCAGACUGGCAUGCGAGGAGCUUUCGGAAAGCCUCAGGGAACCUGCGCAAGGGUAGCCAUUGGUCAGGUUUUACUUUCUGUCAGGUGCAAGGAUAACAACAGCGCUCAUGCGCAGGAAGCUUUGAGGAGAGCCAAAUUCAAGUUUCCUGGAAGGCAGAAGAUAAUUGUGAGCAGAAAAUGGGGUUUCACUAAGUUCAGCAGAACUGAUUACAUAAAAUGGAAGCAGGAGAACAGGAUUGUUUCAGAUGGAGUUAAUGCUAAGUUGCUGGGAUGCCAUGGACGGCUUGCUAACAGGCAACCUGGAAAGGCCUUUCUUAGUGAGGAUUUGACGACCUAUGUGUAAGAGGUUGGUUUACUUAACUCUUACUCUAUUUUCUUGUAUCAGAACUGAAGGAACUGUUUGUCCUUUUACAGUCUUUGGCUCUUUGCUGUUACCUUUGAUAUUUGCUUCUGAGAGACAUUGUUAAAUUUGGUCGUUUUUGUUAUGCAAUAGACAUUGCUGUCUCUUUUUUAUCUCUUGUGUAAAUGUAUUUUAAUCUCACGUUUAUGUUACAAAGUUUGUUAGUGAUCAA